AUGGCUGCCAUGCUCUCCAUUGUCGUCUUUUUCUUCUCUCUUCCCUAUAUGCCUCUUUCUGAUUCAUUUACAUCAUUCAGCAAAAUCCAAAUGCCACCAGGAGUCAUAGGUCCUGAUUCUGCUGGCUUCGACGCCUUUGGUCGAGGACCCUAUGUCAGUGUUGGCGAUGGUAGAAUUCUCAAGUGGCUAGGUCCCAUUUUUGGUUUUGUAGAUUUUGCCUAUACUUCGCCAAAAAGGACCAAGCAAAUGUGUGAUGGUACUACUGAUCCAGAGAUGGGACCAAUCUGUGGGAGACCAUUAGGUCUUAGCUUCUACUAUAAAACAGGGCAUCUCUACAUUGGUGAUGCUUAUUUCGGACUCCUAGUGGUAGGACCUAAUGGCGGAUUAGCAACCCGACUUGCUACCAGCGCAGAAGGCGUGCCAUUCAAAUUCAUCAAUGGUGUGGAUGUUGAUCUAAACAACGGGACCGUUUAUUUCGCAGACGCUAGUACAACAUUCGAGCUAAGAAAUUCCACGCAGCCAAAUUUCAAACCUGACUCAACCGGAAGAUUUAUGAACUAUGACCCGUUCACUAAGCAAGUGACGGUGUUGCUAAGAGGGCUUUUCGGGACAGGAGGACCAGCCGUUAGUACAGAUAGCUCAUUUGUGCUUGCUUGUGAGUUAAAUGCCAAAAGAAUUUACAAGUAUUGGCUUACAGGUGUGAAAGCCAAUACGGCAGAGGUUUUCAUAAACUUUCCUGGAAAUCCAAUUAAAAUUAAGAGGGCAACUACAACCGGAGAAUUUUGGGUGGCAGUAAAUGAAAUAAAUCAACAGCAGCUUACUUUGCCUCAAGGUUAUAGGAUCAAUGCAUAUGGCAGAAUGGAAAUUGUAUCUUUCGCCGCGCAAUAUAACAAUAGGUCAAUCAGUGUGGUUCAGGAGCAGAAUGGGGCAUUAUAUGUAGGGUCUCGUGUUGUUGAUUUUGUUGGUGUGUUCAAGAACUAGAAAUCCCUGAAGUGGUGUCUAAAGCAACUAGCAGAUGCUGCUAAGUAAAUGUUCCUGGGAAACUACUAAA